UAUUUACCUGCAGAAUCAUUUCAAACAUGUCAGGCGUGCUACAAAGUAAGACUUAACCCGUGUUACCAGUCACAGGCUUCUCAUAUUUAUAAAUAAAGCCAUCCUCAAGAGACUCAUAAUCUAAUAGUACUCUUCAAGAUGACAAUUACCUGGGCCAAAAACUUCUUCCAUAGAUUCUGUAGCGACGAGGUUCAAAUGCAAAGUAUUUACCAUGCCAACUUCUCUAGUGACCUCCUGCCAUCUCUUGGAGCCAGAUUGAACCAGGCAACCAGGCUUCAGAGACAUAUUAUUUCUCCGUAUAGUCCCCGUUAUAGGGGUUGGGAGAUGUGGCUUGUUGUUCUGGUCAUUUACUCUGCAUGGAUCUCUCCGUUUGAGUUGGCAUUUCUAACUUACAAGAAAGAUGAUGCCCUUUUCAUCAUCGAUAACAUUGUCAAUGUUUUCUUUGCCAUUGAUAUUGUUCUCACCUUUUUUGUCGCCUAUCUCGACAGCCAAACUUAUCUUCUUGUUGAUAAUCCGAAGAACAUAGCAUUCAGGUACAUAACUACCUGGUUUAUCUUUGAUGUCUGCUCAACGGCCCCAUUUCAGUCUAUCAGUCUCCUGUUCACACAUCAAAGCAGCAGUGAAAUUGGCUUUAGAUUACUCAACAUGCUUAGACUCUGGCGUCUCCGAAGGGUGAGCUCCCUGUUUGCAAGACUUGAAAAGGACAUCCGGUUCAACUAUUUCUGGACUCGCUGCAUAAAACUCGUUUCUGUGACCCUGUUUACAGUGCAUUGUGCUGGCUGCUUUAACUACUUACUUGCAGAUAGGUAUCCUGAUCCAAAGAAAACCUGGAUUGGUGCAGUAUAUCCAGGUUUCAAAGAAGCCGGUCUCUGGGACAGAUAUAUAACUGCCAUGUACUGGUCUAUUACUACUCUAACCACAACUGGAUAUGGAGACUUGCAUGCUGAGAACACCAGAGAGAUGCUUUUCGAUAUCUUCUAUAUGCUUUUUAACCUGGGAUUGACAGCUUACCUCAUCGGAAACAUGACAAACCUUGUAGUUCACUGGACAAGCCGCACAAGGAAUUUCAGGGACACAGUUAGGGCGGCUUCUGAAUUUGCUGCACGAAAUCAGUUGUCACAUCGCUUACAGGAUCAAAUGUUGUCGCACUUGUGUCUGAAGUUCAGAACAGAAGGACUGAAGCAGCAAGAAACUUUGAACGGUCUGCCAAAAGCAAUUCGGUCAAGCAUUGCUCACCAUCUAUUCUACCCCAUCAUACAAAAUGUUUAUCUAUUUGAAGGGGUUUCUCAUGACUUCCUCUUCCAAUUGGCAUCAGAAAUGGAGGCUGAAUAUUUUCCGCCCAGGGAAGACAUAAUUCUUCAGAGUGAAGCUCCAACAGAUCUUUAUGUACUCGUCUCAGGAACAGUGAACUUGAUGUCCAAUACAGAUGGAUGCAAUCAGAUUAUUGGAAAAGCAACUACUGGGGAUAUGAUUGGAGAAAUAGGAGUAUUAUGUUACAGGCCGCAACCUUUCACAGCUAGAACCACUGAGCUUUCCCAAAUACUAAGGCUGACCAGAACUUCACUAAUUAACACCAUAAAGGCAAAUUCAGAAGAUGGUCCCAUCAUAAUGAAUAACCUUUUCAAGAAACUUCAAGGGCCAGAAAGCACAGGAUGUGAUAGCCAAAGCAAAGAUCCAGGACCAAUUCUACAAGAAUGGUGUCAUGGAGGACCUAAGGAAGAAGGCUACUCUGAUGCAGGAUGUCAAAAUAAUUCACAUGGAGGUGCGUUAGCCAUUGAAGCAGGAGAUAAAUUUUUCAAAGCACCUAAAGCUAGAGAAAAGAGCGAAAAAUUCAUAGGUCAUAAUCUUAUGAAACAUGCAGCAGAUACAGAUUUAACAGUUGAUGACGGUCAAAAGGCUCUACAUGCUGCUGUUUGCAAUGGCCAUAUUGAAAUGGUUAAGAUUUUGCUGGAAGGAGGAGCAAGUACAAAUAAACCAGAUUCCAGGGGAUGGACACCAAAAGCUCUAGCACAGCAGCAAGGAAAUAAAAGCAUAUAUGAUUUAUUACUAAAUUAUGAAAAUAAAAGGCAAGUAGAUGAACACAAAGUAGAUCUUAUCGAGUCAGAAACUACAGAUGAUGCUAACAUUAGUCAAGAGAAACAUAAAAGAAUAAUUGAGUCAUCUUGUUUCAACUUCCAAUCCAAGACGGCACCUACAAACUCCAGUCCACGUACUUAUUGCAGCCCCAGUAGUAAGGAAGCAAAAGCAAUAACCAAAAAGAGAGUCACUAUCUAUAUGCAUUGUCACAGCAAUAGUUUACAAAAACGUAAUGGGAAGUUAAUUAUCCUACCUGAUUCCUUAGAAGAGCUGCUCAGAAUCGGCGGUAAGCUAUGUUUAACCUCAAAAAAGCAUUUGAAUAUUAACCUGAAUAUCAGGAACAAAACUUUUAUUUCAUGUUUAAUUGCAUAUUAUAAGACUAAAUGUGAAGAAAAAUUUGAACAAAGAUAUCAAACCUUGAAUAAGGAUGGCUGUUGUCCACAUUCUUUACCUUAUUAUGCCUUAUCCAAUUUGUCAUUACAGCACCUUCUGACACUGCAGGUGAAAAGUUUGGAGACUACAAAUUUACAAGAGUCAUCAAUGCUGAGAAUGCAGAAAUAGAUGAUAUAUGUGUCAUUCGAGACGGAGAUCAUCUGUUUCUCCUCCAAAAUGACUGAAAACUAGGAAUGUAAUGUGACCUAAAAGUUGGUCGCAGAUUCUGUAGACAUGCGGAUAGCUUAAUGUUUAGAGCAAAUGUAUAGAGCAAUAUUAACAAAAAGUAGAAUAUAUGAAUUGUCAAAAAAUGAGCCACCAAAUAGGGCUCAGAAACUCCAGUUAAGUGCUGGAAAUUGAGAAAUUAAUACAAAAUGUUGCAAUUUCACUCCCCUA